ACAGAUUGGUCUACGGGUUCCUCAACUACCCUCUCGCUGCAUUUAGCCUCUCUCUGCCACUGAAACACUCCUCUCUCAUCAUUUCACCGCUGCCUCGCUCUUCACCAGAGUCUCAGGAACCAGUGCAGCUACCAUGGAGAACGUGGCAAUAUUUGACUCACCUGGAAAGGGGAGGGGUCUGAAGGCUACCAAAGAGUUUUGGGCUGGAGAUGUCAUUUUUUCUGAGCCCAGUAUAUCAGCUGUUGUGUUUGACAGUCUAGCAGAGCGUAUUUGCCACAGCUGUUUCCGCAGACAGGACAAGCUCCAGAGGUGCGGCCAGUGCAAAUUUGCUCAUUACUGUGAUCGAACCUGCCAGCGCGCCGGCUGGGCCGAACACAAGCUAGAAUGUGGCGCCAUCAAGGCCUUUGGCAAAGUACCGAAUGAGAGCAUCCGCUUGGUGGCCCGCAUCAUGUGGCGCCUUGACAAAGAGGGGAGCGUGAUGUCGGACAUGCAGCUGACCACGUUGGAGGAGCUGGAGGACCACAUUGCCGACAUGCAAGAGGAUGAGAUGAAGGAGUUCAAAGUGGACAUCCACAACUUCCUGGACUACUGGCCGCGUAACAGCAAGCAGCACACCAUUGACGACAUCUCACAUAUUUUUGGAGUGGUUAACUGUAACGGUUUCACUGUGAGCGACCAGAGGGGCCUUCAGGCAGUAGGAGUUGGUCUUUUCCCAAAUUUGUGUUUAGUGAAUCACGACUGCUGGCCAAACUGCACUGUGAUCCUCAACCACGGCAAUCAAUCGGCUGUGAAUACUAUGUUUCAUUCUCAACGGAGGAUUGAGCUGCGCUCUCUGGGUAAGAUCGCAGAGGGAGAGGAGCUGACGGUCGCGUAUGUGGACUUCUUGAAUUUGUCAGAGGAGAGACAAAGGCUGCUCAAAGCACAAUACUUCUUUGACUGCACGUGUGAGUACUGCAAGAACCGCAUCAAAGAUGACUUGAAGAUGGGCGGAAAGGAAGUGGACGGAGUCAAGCCUUCAGAGGAGCAGGUGAAAGAGGUGACAGACUAUUGCUUCCAAAUGCUGGAGAAGAUGGACAAGGCGCGAUUAAACGCUGACUACCAUGAGGUGGUAAAAAUCUGCAGGGAGUGCAUCGAGAAAGCAGAGCCAGUUUUGGCUGACACUCACAUCUACCUGCUGAGGAUGUGGAGCACAUUAAGCGAGGUGCAAGCUUACCUGCAGUACUUUAAUGACGCUGCAGAGUACGCCCGCAAAAUGGUGGAUGGAUACAUGAAGCUGUACCACUCCAACAACGCUGCUCUCGGCAUGGCCGCUAUGCGAGCAGGAGUGACUCACUGGCAGGCUGGCGAGAUAGAGGUUGGCCACGGGAUGAUCUGCAAGGCCUAUUCCAUUCUCAUGGUCACCCACGGCCCAACACAUCCCAUCACCAAGGACCUGGAGGCCAUGCGUAUGCAGACAGAGAUGGAGCUGAGGAUGUUCAAGCAGAACGAGUAUGUUUACCACAGUAUGAGAGACGCUGCCCUGCAGAACAGGCCGAUGACCAUGAUGCAUGAGCCCAAGUCCAUGGACGAGGGAAUCAAGAAUCUGUUCCACCGGAGGAAGUAGAUCACAGAACUGCAGUCAUUCAGAAAUCAAGAAAACCAUCCUAUUGUUUACGGUUAUGCUUUCCGAGUGUUGUGUGAAUCCACUCAUUUAGUCACAUGGUCAUUUUCUUUUGUAGUUACUUUUCAUUAAAAAGAUGUCACCCAACUUGUUUUUAAUAAACCCUGUUUCUCAUGAUGCCAUCGAUACUUCAGUCACACUCCCUGAUGCCAGACAUGUUUUAACAAGCUUUCAGCAGGCACUUCAUCCUUAUGAACAUUUGUUUUAAUGUAAGACUGCAUAACAGGUUCUUAUUGUGUCAGAG